UCGUUUUAUUUAUGCGGUUGUUCAAUCCAAUCCUUCUUUACCCUUUCCUGACUUACUUAUUUAUAGUACUUCGGUAACUUAUUUAUAGUAAUCAAGUACCUACUUAACACUAAUGUGGUACCGGUUAUUUAUUAUAAAGUCGCGAUCUUUAGCAAAGGUUUAGCAAUAAGCAAGUUAAGAUUGAAAGUUUAUUUGAAAUGAGAUUUGUGUUGGUCUAGUGAAUGUUCUGGUUAAUGCUGAUAUUCGUCCCUGCAGGUGCCGUUUCAGAAAAUGCUUCCCAACCUCACCUAGAGGCUCAGGAGCAACACGGCGAAAAUCCACCGCACGGGAUCCAAGUCCCCACUGCCCCCUACCCAGAACUAAGGCACCCGCUCUUCCGCCGGGCGCACUACCAGCUCCCGCCGGCAGAGGACGCGGCUCGCGCCGCCAACGACUCUCGGAAGCAAUACGAAGAACUAUUCGGAAAAGACCCUCCUCUAGGGCCUUAUCCCCCGCUGGCAGACCUCAAAGGUCACAAAUUAUCCCCACCUACAACACGGGGGUACCAAUCGCCUAAAGAAGAAACCUGGGCAUAUCUAACACCGCGCGGACAAGGCAUCCUAGAUGGUUUAGCAUUAGUGCCCCACUUGUUGAAGUCAAAUACACCAUUCAGACCGGGCCCAGGUCCGGGUAACCCACUAGGGGUGUCCGUGAACCCGUGGUACUUGCUCCCGGUGCCGACGUACCCCAGCUUUGCGCCACGGUUGCUGCAAGGCUACCGGCCCGGGCCGUGGAGCGCGGGGGCGGGGUCCGGCCGCGUGCCGACGCCGCUGGGCCCCUACCCGCCGCGGAGGCUGAGGCCGAGGCAGAUGUUCCCGACAACGCAGGCUCAGACGAUACCGGCACCACUGCGAGCUGUCGAGUAUACAAAGGUGACCGGCGGCUUGAACUCGCAGGAGAGAGGGCGCGGCUUCGAGCCGCUGGCGCCGACGCCGGACGCGCACGGCCAGUUCGGGCCGCUCGCGCCGCCCGCGCUGCGCAGCGCCGGGGGCCCGAACCAGCAGCCGCCGCCACACGUGACGGCCGACUUCUCCGGAGAGGGAAUACGCUUUGUCUCGUUAAUUUCCGAAGAGGAGACGCGGCCGACGUUCAAGAUUCGAGGACUGCCGCGGUUUAUGACCGAAUCAACGCCGCCAUCGCCGCCUCCGCUGCUGGGAGACGAGGACCGGUUGCUGCAGGAGGCCGUGCCCGACUCGGAGGACCGGUCCAACUUCGAGGAUCGGACACAGCCCUGCGCCAGUCAACAGGGGUGCAGGGCGCGCGCGGCGCAGCUGCAAAACGAUGAUGACAACACUUAUAUCGUCAUCUGAGCCACUGCUAAGUCCUUUAACGUUUUAUUUAAAAUGAUAUUGAGAUUUAUAUUAUCUUUUUCUUCUGUGACAAUUUGAUAUGUUUUCUUUGAAGAAGAACGACGUAUUAUUAAAGUACAAUGUAA